AGCAACAAACAGAUUUAUUAAAGUCUGGAAUUCAUGUUGAUGUGACUCCUUCAUUAUUUAAAUAUCCAUCAUUCAUUAAAGAAAUUAAAUUUGAGGCCUUAUUGUUAAAUAUAAGAGACUGGAUUUUUCUUAGGCAUCCUUCUGAAGUUGAUCGUAAUUUGAUUUUAAGAACUUUGCUGGAAGUGUUGGCUGAAUAUG